CCUCCCUCCUUGCCCCGUCUGCUUGUUGAAUAACUUUUCCAACUUUUUUGCAGAGAGUUCAAGGUCUAACGUUUCAGGCAGCUUCAUCUAUUUUUUUUUAUUAACUAGCCCAUAUUCCACCCAUUUGACUGUGCUCUAGUUGCCCGUCCCAUGGUGUAUUGGUGAUGGCUGUACUGGGACAGAGCUGGGUUGUGUGGUUGCAGUUUUUUGCUUUGGCGGUGUCGGUUCGGUGUCUGAGCCGCAGAGAGCUAUUCCCCUACGGAGAAGGGGUCGGGGAUCGGGUUUUGGAGCAGGGAGACAGCAAGUUGGAAAAAGUUGGCCUGCAACAGCCACUUUUGUUCUACGACGGAUCCUUCAGCAGCGUUUAUCUAACCACCAAUGGAAUCAUUGCCACGGGAGAACCAACUGAAGAGAGUGACUAUGUAGAUAAGUUCCCUACCAGCUUUGGAUCCAUUGCUCCGUUUCUGGCUGACCUGGACACCAGCGACGGGGUCGGCAAAGUUUACUUCAGAGAAGACUCCAACCCAGAAACUCUCCGUCUCUCAGCCGAACAUAUCAACAGGGGAUUUCCUGAAGAUGACAAGUUCAACCCGAAUCAUACUUUUAUUGCUACCUGGGAGGACGUGGCUGCCCACCAGGAGGCCAGGAGGGGAGACGUACUUGACAGCAAGAAAAACACAUUCCAAGCUGUUCUGGCCUCCAGUGAAUCUGCCUCCUAUGCAAUUUUCCUGUAUCCAAGUGAUGGCCUGCAGUUCUUCGUGACUCGUGCGAAGGAGACCUACAACAGUGACCUGGAGCUUCCUGCCAGAGCAGGCUUCAGCAAAGGAAGCAUCAAAUACUUCCUGUGGGCAUCUGAUGGGCCGUCCUACCGGAUCACCUCCAGCAAUGAGCAGUCAGUCAAAGACCUUUACCAGAAUAGCAAUGCUGGCAAGCAAGGAGUAUGGGUGUAUGAGAUCGGAACCAUGCCUUACUUCAGUGACAUUGCACCUGGGGAGGUAAGCGCCUUCCCAAAAGAUCCAGACACUGCUUCGGAUAAAACAGAGCCAUGGGAGGACCAGAGUUACGAUGAUGAGGUCACGGAACUUCCUGCUCCUGCAGUAGCGGAGAGAGAGAGAGAGGAGCAACAGAGGGUCCAUUAUCCUCUCCCCGAGCCCGAAAACCAGCCCUACCCUCAGCAGCCAGAAACCGAAGACCGUUAUGAAAUUCCUGAGGUGGAUUUAGAAGGACGAGAGCCCACUGGUGCAGAAGAACUGCCUCCUGUAGAGCCCUACAAUGCACCUGACCUGGUGCAGACUGUGCAAUUUCAGCCAGACAGGCAGCAGUACCCACCACAGUAUCCACAUGCUGUAGUUGAUGUGCAAGAUGAGUUUGAUGUCAAUGUUUUUCAAUACAACCCAGGUACCCAGGAGACGUGUGCCAACAGCAGACACAAAUGUUCGAACUUUGCGGACUGCAGAGACUACUCCACUGGCUACUGCUGUCACUGCCAAUCUGGCUUCUAUGGAAAUGGCAAGCAGUGUGUGGCAGAAGGUAAACCUCAGCGAAUGAAUGGGAAAGUGAAUGGGAGAGUCUACGUGGGCAAUAACCCCACUCCGGUGGAGUUCAGUAACAAUGACCUGCAUUCGUAUGUGGUGGCGAACGAUGGCCGCGCGUAUGUGGCCAUCAGCUCCAUUCCAGAGAGUGUGGGGCCCUCUCUGACAGCGCUCUCCUCCCUUGGUGGAAUUGUUGGUUGGGCAUUCGCACUAGAGCAGCCUGGGUACAAGAAUGGAUUUAGCAUCACUGGCGGAGAGUUUAAACGCAAGGCCGAGGUGACGUUCCUCCCUGGGAAUGAAAGGAUCAGCAUCACGCAGGAUUUCAAAGGCAUCGAUGAACACGGCCACCUUGUCGUCAGCACAGAGCUGGAGGGGCGGCUGCCUGAGAUUCCGGCAGGUUCUACUGUCCAGUUCGAGCCUUACACAGACAUUUACCAAUACAGCAACACAGUGAUUACCUCCUCCUCCACCCGGGAGUAUACUGUGACCUUCCCGGAUGGCAGAACUCAGACCAGCUCCUACCAGUGGAGGGACACCAUCACUUUCCAGGACUGUCACCAUGAUGAAGGAACCAGGUCCAUCCCCACCACCCAGCAGCUCACUGUGGACAACAUCUUUGUUCUGUAUGACUCCAACGCUCAAUUGAUGCGCUACGCUACGAGCAACAAGAUUGGCUCAAUCAACGAUGGUGAAACCGGUGAGAAUCCUUGCUUCACAGGAACGCAUAGAUGUGACACCAACGCAGCCUGUCGGCCCGGUCAGGGAAAUCAGUUCACCUGUGAAUGUACUGCCGGUUUCCGUGGAGAUGGACGCACAUGUUAUGAUGUUGAUGAAUGCAGAGAGAGACCUACCAUUUGUGGCAACAACGCAGUUUGUAACAACCAGCCAGGCACUUUCCGCUGUGAGUGUCUUGAGGGCUACCAGUUUGCUGACAAUGGGCAGACUUGUAUUGCGGUUGACCGUCCUAUUGACCACUGCCAGAGCGGCAGUCACAGCUGUGACAUACCUGAGCGAGCACGCUGUAGCUACACAGGGGGCUCCUCCUACAUCUGCUCCUGCUUGCCAGGAUUUAAUGGAGAUGGUCGCACUUGUGAUGAUAUAGAUGAAUGCCAGCCCAGCAGAUGCCACCCUGAAGCCAUCUGCUACAACACUCAAGGGUCAUUCACGUGCCAGUGCAGGCCAGGUUACCGUGGUGAUGGGUUCCAGUGUGUAUCGGAAAGUACAGAGCCAGAGAAGACCCAGUGCCAGCGUCACCGAGAGAGUAUCCUGCACACCUCCUCUGGGUUCUUCCCCCGGGGACCUCGUCCCAUCCCCGGCCAGUAUGUCCCAAAUUGUGACGAUCAGGGCAACUACAGCCCCCUUCAGUGUCACGCCAGCACAGGCCAGUGCUGGUGUGUGGAUAGGAAUGGCCAAGAGAUCCCUGGCACCAGGUCUGAGCAUGGGGUCAGGCCUCCAUGCAUUGAAUCAGGCACCCCUCCUCCUCCUCCUGUUGGACCCACUCCAAGGCCAGAUGUGCACCCGCUGCCCCCCGGCACUCACUUACUCUUUACUCAGAGUGGGAAGAUCGAGUAUGUCCCUCUGGAGGGCUAUACCAUGAAGAAGAAUGAAGCCAAGGCUGUGCUGCAUCUCCCUGAAAAAGUGAUCAUUGCCGUGGCCUAUGACUGUGUAGACAAGAUGGUAUACUGGACAGACAUCACUAGCCCGUCUAUCAACAAGGCCAGUCUGCAGGGAGGAGAUGCCAUCCCAGUCAUUAGAACAGAUCUGGAAAGUCCAGAAGGACUAGCUGUAGAUCACCUGGGCCGUAACCUGUACUGGACGGACUCUAUGCGGGACAGGAUUGAAGUGGCCAAGCUGGACGGCAGUCAGAGGCGUGUGCUGUUUGACGAUGACCUGGUGAACCCCAGAGCUAUCAUCACCGAUUCAGCCAAUGGUCACCUGUAUUGGACUGACUGGAACAGGGAGGCCCCCAAGAUUGAAACAUCUUACAUGGAUGGUACAAACAGAAGGAUUCUGGUGAAGGAUGACCUGGGCCUGCCCAACGGUUUGACAUAUGAUUCUCACUCUUCACAACUCUGCUGGGCUGAUGCAGGCACUCGACGGGUGGAGUGCAUUAACCCAAACCAGACAGGCCGCAGAAAAAUCCUUGAAGGAAUCCAGUAUCCCUUCGGAAUUACAAGCUAUGGGAGGAAUUUGUACUACACUGACUGGAGGAGGGAUGCCAUUAUAGCAGCUGACCGCACUGUUGGAAAGGAGAAUGAUGAGUUCCAGCCUCAGAAACGGUCCAGGCUGUAUGGGAUCACCACAGCCUAUGCACAGUGUCCUCAAGGUCAAAACUACUGUACUGUAAACAAUGGAGGGUGCACGCAUUUGUGUCUAGCGACCCCUACAGGCCGAUCUUGUCGUUGCCCUGACAACGUAGUGGGAGUGGGAUGUGUGGAGCGAGACAUUGGAUAUUAAAUCAAGAAAAAUUUCACCUUCAGGGCCUCUUAAAGCUGGUGCUAUCAGUUGGUGCUAUCAGAAAACACCACAUGUUAGCUAUAGUUACUCAAAAUGUCACAGAGCACCAGUGACGCAACAGUGUUUUAAAUGUUUUAUUAUGUUACAACACCUUUUUUUUUAAUUUUAAGGUUUGUUUUUAUUCCUCUUUGCCCUUUUAUUAUUAAUCAGGUUAAAAAAUAAAUAAAGAAAUGUAAAUAAAAACAAAUAACAGAAAUAUUUGAAAUGCUAAAUUUUUGUGGUGUUUUUAGCUGUAAUGCUCCUCACGGCGGAUGUCAUUUCAUAGACGUAUCAGGUAUUACUGUGAAGUUUACAAUAUGUACAAUUCUUUAGUAAUAUGUGAAUCAAAGUCGGGUAAUGAACACAGAGAUAAGCAGCUGUAUAUCUGCAUCCACCGUGACCACAGCUGUUUGAACUUCAGUGCUUUUGGACAGUGAGCGGUCCGUUUGAAUGCAUGGGACCAUGUGUUGAACUGUUGUUUGAAGGAUUUCACAUUGUCAGUAAAUGCAGUUGGUGUAACUGAGAAGUUUACAUUCUGUACAGCUAUCAAAUAAACCGAUUUUUUACAA